AUGUCUCUACAGUCUAUCCCUGAAGAAAUUCAGAAUCCAAGCGUGUUAAUUGGAAAAAAAUUGCUAUAUUUCACUUCAGUGUUUGUUUCACUCGGUGUGUUUUUAUUUGGAUAUGAUCAAGGUGUAAUGUCUGGUAUAAUAACUGGACCCCAUUUUAAAUCGUAUUUCAACAACCCCUCUAGAGCCGUUAUUGGAACCAUGGUUGCAAUAUUGGAAAUUGGUGCUUUAGCAUCUUCUCUUCUGGUUGGAAAAAUAGGUGAUAUAAUAGGUCGUCGAAAGACAAUAAGAUAUGGAGCCAUAAUUUUUGUAAUAGGUGGUGUAAUUCAAACAGGUGCAACAAAAAUGCUAGAUCUAAUCUUUGGAAGAAUCAUCAGUGGUAUUGGCGUUGGUUUAUUAUCAACAAUUGUACCCGUUUAUCAAUCUGAAGUAUCUCCUCCUCAUAAUAGAGGUAAAUUAAGUUGUAUUCAAUUUACUGGUAAUAUUGUGGGCUAUAGUUCUUCUGUUUGGGUUGACUAUUUUUGCUCAUUUAUUGACAAUAAUAAAUCAUGGAGAAUUCCUUUACUAAUUCAAUGUAUCAUGGGUUUUUUACUAUUCCUAGGAUCUUUUAUAAUCAUUGAAACUCCAAGAUGGUUACUAGAUAAUGACCAUGACACGGAAGGCUUAAUAGUUAUAGCUGAUUUGCACACUGAUGGUGAUGUCACAGACGAAAAGGCAAAAGCAGAAUACAGAGCCAUAAAAGAAGAUGUCUUAAUGCACAGAUUAGAUGGCGAAAAGACAUAUUCCUAUAUGUGGUCCAAAUAUAAAAAAAGAGUUAUUAUCUCUGUUCUUGCUUUAGCUUUUGCUCAGUUGAAUGGUAUCAAUGUUAUCUCUUAUUAUGCUCCAAUGGUAUUUGAACAGGCUGGUUGGGUCGGCAGAGAUGCUAUAUUAAUGACAGGUUUCAAUUCUUUGGUGUACAUCUUAAGUACAAUUAUUCCAUGGUAUAUUGUUGACAAAUGGGGAAGAAGACCAAUUUUAUUAUCUGGUGCAUUAGUAAUGGGGAUUUCCUUAUGCUUUAUUUCUUUAUUCAUGUAUCUAGCUAUUCCUCUAACUCCAGUCAUAGUAGUGGUUUUUGUUGUUAUAUUCAAUGCCGGCUUUGGUUACUCAUUUGGUCCCUUGGCUUGGGCUUUACCUCCAGAAAUCUUACCUGUUUCUGUUAGAAGUCUUGGUUGCUCAUUAUCAACUGCAACAAAUUGGGCUUGUAAUUGGUUGGUCGGUGAAAUGACUCCAAUUUUACAAGAAUGGAUUGAAUGGAGACUAUAUUUGAUUCACGCUUUAUCGUGCUUUAUAAGUUUUGUUGUGUUUUAUUACAUGUUACCUGAAACCGCUGGUGUUAAAUUAGAAGACAUGAAUACCUUAUUUAAUGAUGGUGGCUCUACCAUCUACGCUGCUUCUCAAUAUUCAAGGAUUAAUGAUAGUUUUGAUGAUUUUGAACAAAGCUCCUUUAUUAGUAAUCUGGAUUACCAAUAUAAUUCCUUGAAUGAACAAGUUGAUGAAAAUGGAACUUCCAAUAUGAAUAGGGUCAUAAGUAGUGAUCAGUUUUCAAAUGCUGGCCAAGGAAAAGUCUCUAUUCCUUCUCAAGCAGCUUUAGCGAGACAGCAAGCUUUAAUAAAUCCAUCAAAUGUAUCAAUUUAUAAUUCAACUUCUCACAUACCUUCAAUUGUUCCUGGAAACAAUCCAAAUGUGACCGGCAACGCUAACCAAUCCGUAUUUAUUCAGGCAGAAGAUAUUGAACCACCAAAUUUCGAAGAUGUUCUUGCAUUUAAGUCUAACGAUACUCACAGUAUUAAAGGAUCAAUAAGAAGAGGAAGUGAAUCUGUGAAAGGCCUAUUAGGUAAAGUCUUUAAAAAAGAUACAAGCUACUCAGCUAUUAAUGACGAACCAAGUUCAAUUGAUAAUCAUGCCGACAAUCGUUCUGUUCAUGAAUAG